AGAUACAAGCGAUGGUCGAAAGCUUGUUUUAGUAUUAAGUUCCACUUCAAUCGUGUGGUCACUAUUGUCGCGCCGCGCCGCGUCGUCGUUGUUGUUAUUAUCCGUCGCGUAUCGUCGCUGCCUUCCCCGACGAAGAUCCGACGAUAUCGUAGUGGUUAUCGCCCAGCGAUGAUUUGACUGGAACUUUUUUGCAUUAUUCGCCUCUACGCGUUUGCCAUUGUGACCGUUAUCGCGCCAAGCACAAGGGUAACGGCGGGCGUUACGUCAAAAAAAUAUUGCAAAGAAAAUAAAAAUACAAAACGAAACGCAGCAGCCUGCGCUCUCCGGUUAGUGGCUGCGCAGUUAGUCAGAUCUCCCCCAAGUGGCAAGAGUAAUCCGACAGCAUCCGCGGUAGAGCUACAUGCAUAUAUAUGUACAUAACUACAAUAGAAUUUAAACAAGAUGAACUUUUGAAAAGUCGCAGCGACAAAGCUACGACCGCCUCGUGAUUGUGUCAUACCGACGAACAACUUUAUCAUACAAUAAAAUACAACACAAUACUCGUGCAUAUGUAUAUCCACUUCGUGUAUAUGUACAAUACCCCAACUAUAGUAUAAAUAUAAAAAAAAGAAAAGGGCUCUCAAUGCUGACACACGGAAUACUAUUACUGUUUGGGGGACAUUGCAUCUCCGGGAAGAGGAAUAUGUGUCACUGUUUCAUUGGAAUUGGGACAAAAACUGCAACAAACGACAGCGAUCAUCCGUAAGCCGUAAACAUCCAUUCAGCAGACCGGACCAUACCUUCGAGAAUCAGUCGGCUAACAAAGAAACCAAGCUCCCAUCAUGGGCCAGACCUCGAGUCACCGCCAGACCCACUCGAGCAGCCACAAUAACAACAAUAAAGAGGAGCUCCCCGCCACCGGCACUGGCACUGGCGACGCAACAUCACAAUUUGGCAACCGCCGAACAUCGGGCCGCAAGUCCACAUCGUCGAAACAUUACUCAACACUGGUGCAGCCGUUACGCAAGGACGAGCUCUCCCUCUUGCGCGACUCCCUGCUGCGCAAUGGCAGCAUUAUGCGCAAGAACAUGGGCGAUCCCCAGCGCCGGCCAGUGACGAUCAGCGAGCUGAAGCCCCUCCAGCCGGCUGCCUCGUCGAGUGCCGCCCAAGGAGGAGUGGAGGAUAUCAACGGGUCAGUAGUGCCGAAACCUGGAGAUGCGGCCAGCAGCAGCACCAACCUGAUGGCCUUCCCGGUGCCGGUGGACCGUAGUGCCAAGACUGACGACCUGGCCGCGGAGUCGGUGGCUGCUCCCAAAGAGAACCGCAACGAGUUCUACAUUGUAGGCGACGGAUACCACCGGACGGACCACUGUUACUUCCGCGGCCCCAACGGAGAGUUCCACAAACUGCCCUCGGACUCAUUCCACAAAAUGUCCGAGGGCUGCUUUGUGCGCAUGGCGGAUGGGGUGUUCCGCCGCCUCGAGGUUCCCACCAAGGCGCAGAUCUCGCGUCGCUCCUCCCGGGCCGAGGACAUGGGCGGCCCCGAUGCCACCAGUGCCAGCGCAGCCACCAAUGUGAAGAGUCAGCUGAUGAAGUUUCUCAAGCGCUCCAAGAGCCACACUCCGGCCACCAUUGCCAAGCUGCAAAAGGACAAUGAUGAGGCUCGCCUGGACCGGAAGCAGCGACUCUCGAACGCCAUGCGCCAGAAGAACCUUGCGGCGACCACGGCAGCGGGUGCAAGCUCUAAGCAGGGCAAAGCCUGGUACGGCACCUCCUCCGGCGGGGGACCGUUGGGGAGCCGGAACAACAAGAUUGUGGUGACAAUGAUUGAGAACGGUGGACUGCCCAUUGUGGCCACCAGCAAGGCGGAGCGCCGAAAGGCCAAGGAUACCACAUCUUCCAGUGACAAGGCACGCGCCUCGAUGGGUUCCCCGAACAUGCAGAUGCGGAGCAGUGCUCCGAUGCGAUGGCGCGCCACCGAGGAGCACAUCGGCAAAUACAAACUGAUCAAGACGAUCGGCAAGGGCAACUUUGCCAAGGUGAAGCUGGCCAAGCAUUUGCCCACCGGCAAGGAGGUGGCCAUUAAGAUAAUUGACAAGACUCAACUCAAUCCUGGGUCACUUCAGAAACUCUUCAGAGAGGUUAGGAUAAUGAAGAUGCUCGACCACCCCAACAUUGUUAAACUGUUUCAAGUGAUCGAAACGGAGAAGACCCUGUAUCUGAUCAUGGAGUACGCGUCGGGGGGCGAGGUGUUUGACUAUCUGGUACUACACGGACGCAUGAAGGAGAAGGAGGCGCGCGUUAAGUUUCGGCAAAUCGUCUCAGCUGUGCAGUACUGUCAUCAAAAGAGAAUUAUACACAGGGACUUAAAAGCAGAGAACCUCUUGCUGGACAGCGAGUUGAACAUAAAGAUAGCUGACUUUGGGUUCUCUAACGAGUUCACGCCCGGCUCAAAACUGGACACGUUCUGCGGCAGUCCACCGUAUGCGGCCCCAGAGCUAUUCCAGGGCAAGAAGUACGAUGGCCCCGAGGUGGACGUGUGGUCGCUGGGCGUCAUCUUGUAUACGUUGGUGAGCGGUUCCCUCCCCUUCGACGGCUCUACAUUAAGGGAGCUGCGCGAGCGUGUACUCAGAGGCAAAUAUAGAAUCCCCUUCUAUAUGUCGACGGAUUGUGAGAAUUUGCUACGCAAAUUUUUAGUACUGAACCCCGCAAAGCGUGCUAGUCUGGAGACAAUCAUGGGCGACAAGUGGAUGAAUAUGGGGUUUGAGGACGACGAGCUCAAACCGUAUAUUGAGCCGAAAGCCGAUUUAGCCGAUCCCAAGAGGAUAGGUAAGACGGAAGCUCUUGUCGCGAUGGGCUACAACCGACUAGAGAUCGAAAACUCGCUCUCGCAGGUGCGCUACGAUGAUGUUUUUGCAACGUAUUUGCUGCUGGGACGCAAGAGCACAGACCCGGAAAGUGACGGAUCGCGGUCGGGCUCCUCACUCUCACUGCGCAACAUCUCUGGCAAUGAUGCGGGCGGCAACGCGGGCAGCGCGGGCGUGCAGAGUCCAACACAUAGAGGGGUCCACAGGAGCAUAUCAGCGUCUAGCAGUAAGCCUAGUCGUCGGGCCUCGUCUGGUGCGGAAACAUUGCGCACCGGACCGGCAAAUGCAGCCGUAACUGUGGCGGACGCGGCGGGGGCUGUGGGUGCGGUCAACCCAAGCAACAACUACAACGCUGCAGGAACAGCGGCGGAUCGAGCAUCAGUUGGCAGCAAUUUCAAGCGCCAGAAUACCAUCGACUCGGCCACGAUUAAGGAGAACACGGCGCGCUUGGCAGCACAGAGCCAGAGACCAGCUUCGGCCACACAAAAGAUGCUCACCACGACAGACACAACUCUGAACAGUCCCGCCAAGCCGCGUACGGCAACGAAGUAUGAUCCGACGAACGGCAAUCGCACGGUAAGCGGCACCAUUGGCAUCAUUCCACGCCGCUCCACCACGCUCUACGAGAAGACCUCGUCGACGGAGAAGACUAACGUUAUCCCUGCAGAGACAAACAGCGGAUCGGCAGCUCCCGCUGGAAAAGGUCAUACAAAAAGCGCGUCUGUAUCGAGCCCUCGCCCGUCCACAGACGGAUGCGUCUCAGUCUCGAAUGACCCGCUCGGAACGAGAAUGGCAUCGGCUGUUAAAUCAAGCAGACACUUUCCAAGGAAUGUUCCAUCACGUUCAACCUUUCACUCUGGUCAAACCAGAGCUCGAAACAACACGGCGCUGGAAUACUCGGGCACAAGUGGCCCCUCCGGCGACUCCGCCCAUCCGGGGCGUAUGAGCUUCUUUUCGAAACUCUCCUCACGUUUUAGCAAACGUCAAUCAACCACGGAAGAGCCAGCGAAACCUCGUGUUUUGCGCUUUACAUGGUCCAUGAAGACAACAUCGCCCCUGAUGCCCGAUCAGAUAAUGCAAAAGAUACGCGAAGUACUGGAUCAGAACAACUGUGACUAUGAGCAGCGAGAGAGGUUUGUUCUUUGGUGCGUGCAUGGCGAUCCCAACACUGACUCCCUGGUGCAGUGGGAGAUUGAGGUGUGCAAGCUACCGCGCCUCUCCUUGAAUGGGGUGCGCUUUAAGCGGAUCUCUGGUACCAGCAUCGGUUUCAAGAACAUUGCGUCUCGCAUUGCUUUUGAUCUACGUCUGUGACUUAACCAAAAUAACCAUGAGGGGAUCGCCGCCGCAGCCCGCGAUAUUGAGGCCGACACUAUCUCCACGGACUACCGUCACACGGCCAGCAAUGACGGUAGCAGCAAGAUGUCAGAUCUCUCGCUUAUGUGCCGAUCCCUGACCAGUCAGCAUGGCUCUCAGCGGCGCAAAAAGAGCAGGCUGUCUAGCGCGGGAAACGAGGACUCCAAAAAAUCUGGAUCCUUGCAUUCGGCUUUUCAAAUGUACUCGCCCUUUAGCUCCAAGGAGAAUUUGGAGUCAGGCGAUGACAUGCAGGCAGUUCGCCUCGGCAUAGUGCGUGAUCAGGACUCGAUGGGUACUGAUGCGCAGCGCAGCGAUUCAAUUAUCAUGCCCCUCUGCGGUGAAUUAAAUACAAUAAACGCCAUUUUGGAAGAGGAAGGCGAGAGCGUAGAAAAUAAAACGAGUGAAUAUAUUAAAGAGACAACCAAAGGUCCAACGACCACAUCGGUGGAUAGUGGAAGGCAUGAAGAUGAUGUCAUUGGCCAAAAGGACAGAGGUGAUGACAGCAGUGGCAGCGGCAGGGGCGGAAGCAAUCGAAUAAAAAGGAACCUCAAACACACGGGCAGCCUCAUUGUGCGCAAACUAACAGCCUUCAGGCACGGCGGUACAGACAAAAAGGAUGCGUCUAGGACAAGCACAAUAUCAAAGGAGCCACAGGUCCCACCCGAACAUGGACAGCAUCCAGUGGCCAAGGAAGAGGAAAAACCAAACACCAAAUCGCAUGUGGCAAUGCUACGCACCACAACUCUCUAAAUAUAAUAGAACCGGGUCGUAGCAUGCGAAAUUACUUUAAUUGUGGGGGGGGUAUGUAGUCUGUACGUAUCUAUUGUAUGUAUGUUUGCUAAAUAUUUGGGUCAAUGCGUACUAAAGGUCCACACAGGUCUACAUUGGUCUAAAGUAUCGAAUCGAGCAGAUGAGCUCUGCUCUGAUAUAUAUAUAUCUACUUUGAAAAUGCAUUAGAAUCCACAUAGAUACGGACAUAUUUACAUAGAAUACAGUAAUUGAUAAAAACCUAGAGAAGGCCUGCGGACGAUAGGCUCGAAUCGACAAAAUUAAAGUAAAUAUAAUCAUGACAGAUCACACAAUUCAAUAAAAGAAUAAUAAUAAAUAUUAACAAGAAGAAAUCAACGCUCUAUAAACUGCAUUUAUGUGUCGAUAUCCAGUAAAAUUAAUUGCUUGGCAAGAAAACGAUCAAAGAACACAAUAUACAUACACUGAUAUCCAAGUUCGGGUUGUUUCAUUUUUAAGAAAUAAUUUAAACAACGUUGAUUGACAAACUUUAGGGCAGCAUCAGGUAUCAAUGCUUGGAUUGCAGUUCGAAAAACAUAAGUUCUUCUUCUACAGCAUGAAAAAUGCCCAACGGCAUCUAUUGUAAAUGUUAAGACGUGCUCGAAUACGGUAGUUGGUAUAAAUUGGUACUUAUAACUAAAGAUUUGGUUAAUUUCAUUCAAUUUGAACAGUUCAUAGAACACAGACGAGAAUUGUACGUAUAUUAUUGUUAAGGCUACAAGUUUACUCAACCUAUUCGAAACGAAAUAUUUAAAACUCAGAAGCAAUUACGACCGAUUGUUAGCUAGUUUCCACUAAGCUCAACUUUACUUGCAUAGCCCGAAGAGAUAGGAAUAGAGGCUCGGGCUCUAUGCGAUUGUUGAAUGUUUCAGAAUCAGACUUUUAUGUGUUAUGGAAAACUAAAUGGGUUUUAUUAAUGCAGAACCGAUCUCAAGUGAGACGUAGAAAAAGACGACCAUUUAUCUUAGUUGAUUCGACAAGUAUGUGGAGGCUCAUAAUCAAUCUAUUGAUACCAAAACAUAGUUACACUUAAAGGUUGCAGCUACCAUGAUUGUGAGGCAUUUCUAAAACAUUUCUAGGCCUUCGAGUAAACGCAUGCAACGUUUUAUAUAUUUGUUGUUAAGCGACAGCUGAUUGCAAUUUAUUAAUAAAUAUUAGAAUUAAGCAAGAAAAUACAUACAUGCAUACACACACACACAUAAGCAUAAAUAAUAGUGUUCUGUUGCUCAUGAGUGAGUUAACAAAAAAGAGUUGUUCACUUAAGUGAGCAACUGAACAUGUUCCUUCCAAGCUGUUCUUCUUUGUUGUUCACUUGUUCUUUGUUGUUCACUUGUUCUUUUUUGCUCACUUGUUCUUUGUUGUUCACUUGUUCAUUUUUGUUCACUUGUUCUCUACUCACUUUUUGCGCAAUUUUGCUCCUCAAAGGGCAUUUUGCGAUCUGGCAGCUGUUGCUCAUAUUUGCGUUUACUUCACA